AUGAAACACUUUGCAAAGGUGUCAUCGAAAAAUAUUUGGGUGAUACACUUAGCUAAGGUUAAAUAUAAUAUUGAUAAUGAUUCAUCAUUUUUCUCAGUACAAUGUAAUAGUUCAAAUAAUUUAAAUAAUAAUAAUUUCAAUGAAAAUAAUUUAAAAAAUAACAAUAAUAGGAAUGGUAAUAAUAAUAAUAAUAAUAAUAAUAAUAAUAAUAAUAAUAAUAAUAAUAAUAAUAAUAAUAAUAAUAAUAAUAAUAAUAAUAAUAAUAAAAAAAAUGAUUUAACAGAUACAAUAAAUCAAAAAAAGAAGAAAAAGAAAAGGAGAGUUAAAUAA